ACAACUCCUUAUGAUAAAAUAGCAAAACAGGCUUGUUGUGCAGGCUAAUUGCAGAAAGGAGGAGACAGAAAGGAGGGUCUGUUUCAAUGUUUUCUUACAGGAAACUGUUAAGAAGUGGGAAGUGCAACAACAAAAAGGAACCAAUGCAAAACCAAAAACAUUUCUUUAGACGGAUGGCCAAAGUCUUGAUGUCUGGGUCAAGAAAACUGAAGAAAACACAGACAUACAAAUCAUCUGAAACAUGAAGAGGAGUUUGGUCUUUGUUGUCCUCAUUUUGGAAGAGUUUUUCCAGACUGAAGCCAUCUCCAUAACAGGAACUGUGGGGACAGAACUCAAAAUAACAUGCUCUCAUACUUAUGCCACCACCAACGUCAAAUAUUUCUGUAAGGGAGCAUGCACUGAUGCUGACGUCCUGAUAAAAAGCAACGUCCAGGAGCGAGGGUCAAAUGGGAAGUACUCGAUAAAAGACGAAGGAAACACAUUCUACGUGACAAUCACAAACCUGGAAACGAGCGAUGCAGGAGUUUACUGGUGUGGCAUCGACAGAGUCGGGGCUGACACGUACAAUAAAGUCACCAUCACUGUAAAAGAAGAGAAUCCAGAAGGCAUCAUGAAGACGUCGCAUUCUGAGAUGAUUCUGUAUGUUGGAACAGGUCUCGGUGUAGCUGUGCUGGCUCUGGCAACCGUCCUCCUGCUUUUCCUCAGACUCAGAAAAAGGAAUGUCAGCACUUCACAUGGAAAGGAAAACAAUGACAUUGAGUAUGUGACGACCGUAUUCCAGAAAAAUACACAACAUGCCAACGGCACUUCGUCAGUCGGUGGGGAGCAAGGAGCAGAUGCCCGGAUCUACACAGACCUGUCAGAAGUUCGGCACCCCAACAGCUCUGCAGAACCUAAAACCCAGUCAGAUGAUCUUUUUUACUCCACCAUCAGUUUCAACGAUCAGCCAGCCAGCGGCUCUGUCCCACCUCCAAGUGAAUUAACAGAAUACUCGUCUGUUAAACUCAAAUAUACAGCCUCCACCAGCUGAAGAGUUAACAGUCUGCUGGGUGCAUUUUACUAUUUAACUUUACAGCCAAGACAAGACAAAUAAAAAUGAUCUCUGCAGAUGUUUUCAUCUUAGAUUUAGAAAAAACUCAUAUACUCCAUGGUUGCAAGAUAUUUUUAGGUUUAUUUUUGUGUUUUAUUUUUUUUAGUGACAAAAACUAAAGCCAGAAACCUGGACAGUGAUGUGAUCAGAAUGAAAGGUUUCAGUGCAUCAUUUUACCUUUUAGAAAUAACAAGCAUUAGGCGGGUAUUAACAAUACUCUUCAUUGAGUCCACACUUGUGCUUUAAGUGGAAUAUUAUUAUAAUUAACAGAAAUAAAGGCUAGAGUUUCUAGCCUAAUCUAUAUUACGUGUUUCACAUUUCCCUUAACAUAAAAUAAUGUGAAAUCUAAUUUAAUCAAUUAGAAAAAUGGCAGCAAAACUGAUUCAGAUCAAUUUCUUAAAUAAAGUGAUGGGUAAAUCAGUUGCUCCACUGGUGUCCAUUUGACAACAAAAACGAUUGACUGAUACAUAUUUUUGGCAUAUGUUUUUUUUUUUUUUCAAUAAAUGUCUUUUGUCAUAGCAUGUUUAUUUUACCGUACA